CAGUUGGCUCUUGAAGGCUCAGAAAAGAAGUCUUGACAGUUGACGGUUGAGCUGUGGUUUCACUGCGCAUGCGCACUUUUUCAACAUGGCGGCGCCUAUGAAGUUGCAGUGCCUUGAUGACUUUCCAUCACAUAUUCAUCCUCUACACGUGCUUAUCAACAAAUCACAAUUCACGGAAAAGUUUCCAGACUACACCGGCCCCACAUACGCGUUGUUACUGUCACUGACGGACAAGCGCGCACCUUCUAAUCGGGGCUUUUUGGUGUGCGCGCACGUAACGCCAGAGGAAGAGACCAAUGUAAACAUUCCCACGUGUCUCGCUGUUUAUGUGAGUAAGUCUUUCCUCAAACACUACGGUCUGAAGGAGCACUCACCGGGAACGGUUCGUCCACAGUCUCUGCUGCCUUUAAAGAAGAUUGUCAUCGGUGCUCGGACGAAGCAGAGCUUUAAAUGGGCUUCUUCAGAGAAGUUCUCCAAUGGUCUGCUGAUCCUGGCGUCCUGUCAUGGACAAACUCUGCUGGCGAGACAAGGCGAUGCGCUACUGAUACCCUACCAUCAUUUACUGGGGGAGGAGGCCGCACAGGUGCAGCAGUACCUGUCAGAUGUGAUGGUGCUGGAGUGCACACCUGUCAACCAAGGCAUGAUAACAGUGGACACUAGUGUGGUUGUGUCGGAUUGUAGAGAUCUGGAUAUGACUAACACUAAUAUCACUAGCAGACUGUCUGCUUCCUCUCUCUUUGUGUCUGAUUUCGCCCAGUAUGCGAAUAGUUUGAGUUCUGGCAGCUCUUUGUUGAACAGUAAAGUGUUAGACUUCAGUGCUUUCUUACAGGCUCUUGAAUGCAGACUUGAUGUGCGUGUGCUAGACGUCUCCAGUCUCCAUAAACCCGGAGGAAUUCUGUCUAGAUUAGAGAAGAAUGAAGCGUUGGAUGUUGACAGCUGUAUUUUUGUGAACAAGAGCUUGUUACUGAAGAUGGGUGUGUUUAACGGGGAGUGGGUCAUUGCAUCCGUCCCAACAGAGAAGACAAAGAAGACUCCUCCGGGUCAGAGUCCUGUUUUGGGAGACCGUGAAAGCAGCUGGAAAAUUCCCUUUAAGAAGCAGGGACGUGUUCAUUUAGUUGCAAUCAAAGCGUUUGACACCGUUAAACACCAGGACAUGGAUGUGAAUGACAAUGUAGGCUUCAUUUCACCGGUUCAGUGGUUUAACCUAUCAGACGGGAUGGCAGUGCCUGUUGGAAACAAGACCAUCAAAAUUAAGAGGUGGAAUAAAGUAUCAUCGCAUGCAGAGUCGCAGAUCUCCGUGAGCGCGUGUCGAUGUGCAGCGCCGCCGUUUGCUAAAGAGCUGCACAUUGAAGCCGUCAUAUCACCAGACUACAACUCUCAUGGGCCCUUCGACAGCAUCCUCUACAAACACUUCAGCACACCCAGGCUUGUUCAGCGGGGGAGUAUAUUGGGAAUCCCGACAGAAGGACAUCCUGAUCUUAUAGAGAACAGCUCUGAAGGAAUCCUCAGGUGGCCUGUGCUGUAUUUCAAAGUAAAGCGGGUGUGUGGUUUUUCUGCUGAGGAGGAAGAGGUUUCUUCAUAUCUGGCUGAUAGCAAUCACACUUCACUAUACAUGGGAGGCUCCGCCCACAGCCCAUCUCCCUGCUCUGUGCUGCCGAAGGGUUUGUCUUUCUGGACGAGUCUCUGUUCUCCAGGUCUCUCCAGCACUGUGGAGCAACUGCUCACUAUCAUCCAACCUCACUUCAGUGAAAGCUCUUCAACAUUAAAAAAAGGCUGUUCGGUUCUUCUGAUGGGUCCGAAUGGCAGCGGUAAAGUUACCGCGGUAAGAGCAGCUAGCAGGAGGCUACAUCUGCAUCUGAUCAAGGUGGACUGCGUCACUCUCUGUGCAGACACUGCAGCUGCGUGCGAGGCUAAGAUGAAGUCUGUCUUUGAGAGAGCUGAGCUCCAUCACCCGUGUGUUUUGCUGCUGAGAAACCUGCAGCUGCUCGGCCAGCCACGGGACGGCAUUGAGACGGACUCCAGGGUCACUUCCACCCUCUGCCAGCUCGUAGCAGCUGUUCAUGCCAGUGUAGUUGUGGUGGGCUCAGUGAGCAGCCAGCGAGAGUUGUCCUCAGAUGUGAUGGCAGCGUUUGUGCACCAGGUGGCGAUAGAGAGCCUGUCUGAGGAGCAGCGCAGGACGAUGCUGUCCAGUCUCAGUGAGGACCUGAUGUUGGGAAAAGACGUCAACCUUGCCAAGAUUGCCAAACAGACAGCUGGUUUUGUUUUGGGAGAUAUUUGCGCACUCCUUACCAACGCUGGAAAAGCCGCUCACAGACGACUUCUGCAGACGUAUUUUCCAGAAGGGGCGAGUGAACAGGAAGAGGAGGAUCUGUGUGUCUCUGGGGUGAGCGUCACGUCUGAGGAUUUCAGCACGGCACUGGACGUCCUACAGGAGGCACAUUCACAAGCCAUUGGUGCGCCAAAGAUCCCGUCAGUAAGAUGGCAGGAUGUCGGUGGACUGCAGCAGGUUAAGAAGGAAAUUCUGGACACGAUUCAGCUUCCUCUGGAGCAUCCAGAGCUGCUCUCGCUGGGGCUGCGGCGCUCCGGACUGCUGCUCUACGGGCCGCCUGGCACCGGAAAAACUCUGCUGGCUAAAGCCGUCGCCACGGAGUGCACCAUGACCUUCCUCAGUGUGAAGGGUCCUGAACUCAUCAACAUGUAUGUUGGUCAGAGUGAGGAGAACAUUCGAGAAGUGUUCAGUAAGGCCAGAACGGCUGCUCCCUGUAUUAUUUUCUUUGAUGAGCUGGACUCUUUGGCUCCUAAUAGAGGCCACAGUGGAGACUCAGGAGGGGUGAUGGACAGGGUUGUGUCGCAGCUUUUAGCAGAGCUGGAUGGCCUUCAUUCAUCUGGAGACGUUUUUGUGAUUGGAGCAACUAAUCGUCCAGAUCUGCUGGACCAGUCAUUGCUCAGGCCUGGCAGAUUUGAUAAGCUGGUGUAUGUGGGUGUGAAUGAAGACCGAGAGUCGCAGCUGCAGGUUCUGAAGGCAAUCUUGCGCAAGUUUAAGGUGGACCCCAGUGUGUGUCUGUCGGAGAUCGUGGAGUCCUGUCCUCCUCAACUGACCGGAGCCGAUCUGUAUGCGCUCUGCUCGGAUGCCAUGAUGUGUGCCGUCAAGAGGAAGAUUUCACGCAUCGCUGAAGGUGUGGAUUCAGAGCUCAGCGCUCUGACUCUGUGUUCAGAAGACUUCAGACAGGCUCUUUCAGGCCUUCAGCCGUCCGUCUCCGAGCAGCAGCUCAACAGAUACAAGCUCAUCCAGCAGAAAUUCACCUCAAAAUAACAUCCAAAACACUCUCCCAUCUGAAAUCCCUUCUCUGAUGGUAACUCGCUAAACCUUCUCUAAUACGUGUCCUAACCAGACCCAGUGUGAUGAAGCUAAUCUCAGCAGUCUUUUGACUGUGUCAUGUUGCACAGCAUUUUCACUAUCAUUGUGAACAGACGUAUUGAACAAGACACUUUACGCAUCACAUCUGGUUAGGACACAGUAAGAAAAGAAAUACGUCAAACCUGCUCAUGUUUACUUUCUUAUCCCGCAGGAUUUCUUUGCAUCUUCUAAAAUAGGUUUCAGAUUUAAUGCAUGAAUGGAAAUCAGUCAGGCUGAAAAAUGCAGAAUCAGAUGCCAUUGACUUCCUGCGAAGAAAUUAGCUUAAAUAUAAUAAAAGCUGAUUUCUAACUAGCACUGCAAAAACUACGACUAAAGUUCACAGCUAAACUCACAACUUCAGCUACACAGUGUGAGUUAAUAGGCUUGUGAGUGUGUAUGUUAAGAGCACUUAAUUACACCGUUUUCCAUAAAUGUGAAGUGAAAUUGCUUAUACAAAAUAGAAAAACUCCAUUAAAUCAUCCUCAGGGCUUUGAUUUUAACAUACUGGCAUGCAUCGGUCCCACUUUAUAUUAAGUGCUUAGUUUUGGUUCAUUUAAUUGUUAAUUAAUUUGCUAUGCAAAUGUUAAAAAGAGCUGAUAUCAGUGGUUUGAUUUAUGUCUAGAAAUGUUAAUGAGAUAAUUAUUAUUUUUUUAGAAUGUUAAUAUUUUUCUGGUUUUAUAACUGUGUAAUUACUACUUCAUUACUAUGUUGUUACGGCAUAUAUAACACAAAGGACAAAUGGGACGACUUAAUAUAAAGUGUUACCUUGUUUAUUCAAAGAAUUACUAAAAAGAAUAUUUAAAUCCUCUGAAAUUAAACGUAUGCGAUUC